AUGGAGGUGGUGGAGGUUUCGAAGCUGCUGCUCCCGAUGGACCCAGCGAGCUGGGACACGCGGCAGGUGCUGGCGUACGCCAGGCUGCACCGCGUGGAAGGGAUUUUGGAGGAGCAGGUGGUGAGCAAGUCGCUCCGGGAAACGUGGGACUCGCUGGUGUUGCGGGACCUUCAGAACUUUUAUGCCGCGACGGCUGCUGUGCUGCAGCCGGUGUCGCCACACGACGUCCUUGAAGCGCCACCGGCGGAGCUGCUGGUGCGUCGCACCAACCCUGACUGCGCCGCACUGUUUCGCGAACAUCCGGAGAGGCUGCAGGCCGUUGUGGAAGCUGGCCUGGCACAGAUGGACCACGACGCCUUAUGCGCGUGCUACGCGGCAGGCCAGCUGCCGCCGCUGGAGUGGUGGCUGCUGAUGACGAUGGACGAGGCGGCGCGUGCGGGGUUGGUGCACCAAGGUGCACCCCGUGUCUGUGGACGCGCCCUGACGCGGCACGGGGCCAUCGUGACUUGUUCGGAAUGUGCCGUGGACCGAACGUGCGUGUUCUGCGCGGAGUGCUUUCAACAUUCCCCAUGCAGGAACCACAAGCACUCCGUGCGGUACGGUAGCGGGGGCGGGAUUUGUGACUGCGGUGAUCCCCUGGCGUGGAACCCGGCGUCCUUCUGUUCCAGGCACAGGGGCUUCCAGGAGGGCGACGACCCCGCCGCUGCGCUGCAGCCCGCGCAAAAAAGGUGGCUAGAGGUGGUCACGCGUGGGUUACUCCUGUACCAGGCGACGCUGCUGCAGUUUGUAGCCCUGCAUGCCAACGACGCCGCGCUGACGGCGGACAGGGAUGCGGCGCUGCGGUGGUUUGACAGGGCCCUGCGGCGCACGAUGGCGCUGUCGCUGCACCUGGCGAACGUGGGCGAGGGUUCACGACGCCUGAUGUGCCUCGCCUUGAUGGAAAAGACGCCUCUGCCGCGUCCCAUCGCAGGUCAGGUGGGCGGCAGCGGGGCCGCGCAGAGCGUGCGCGUCUCGUGCGUGGAGGAAUUCUUUAUAGCCAACAUUUUUACUCUGGGGUGGAGGGGUUUUAUCAUCUGGGAGAGCUCACUGGUGUGUUUGAUGGCUAUGUGUGUCAGUGACCCGGUGCUUCGCAUCCCGAUUGCGGAGCUGCUGUUGAAGUAUGGGGAGCGGCUCUCCGUGAUGGAGCGGCAACACGUGGAGGAGCUCGUCGUCCAGGUGCUCUCCGUGAAGGACGUCGUGGACUGCCUGCUGUGGAGGACCCCCCACCCGCCGUGGGAGUGCGUCAUUGGCAACGAGACCAUCCUGCACCGCACCCUGUCGGCGCUGCUGUACGUCUGCUCCCACGUUCACCGCAGCCCUGAGCUCCUGCCAGGCGCCACGGAGGUUGUCUAUCAGGCCUGCCACUGGCUUGAACUCGUGCUGGGCGCGUCCGAGAACGCCAAGGUCCUGGUUGCCUCGCGGCAGCUGUUCCGCGCCUGGUGCAAGGCGCUCUGCCUGAUUGGGCUGAGUAGCAAGGUUGCUCGCGAGACGCGGGACACGGGCUCCGCCGAUUACAAUAUUGACAAGGACCACGCCAUGAAGAUGGAGAUGGGUCUGCGGUGUACGUUUAACCUGUUGCGUCACAUGGUGUUUGGCGUCGGGGCCGCGCUGCUCUCCGGCGAGGCGCCCUUUCCUGCGCCGCAGCCGCAACCGUCCUUUCCGCUAGCGUGGGAGCCAUCGCCCGACGCGGCGCUGAGCCAUCGUUAUCACCGGCAGGUGCUCGACGCGCUGGCCCUGCCGCCUGCGUCGCCGCUGCUGCUCGCCGCGAGUGGGGCGGGCGCCGAAGCAGAGGGGCCGUGUCGUGCCUACAUGCGGGAACUUUUUAUGGAGUCCUUGCGGCUCAUUAAUGCAGCCCUGGCGGAAAAACGCGGUGCCUUUACCCCGGCCACGUACGUUCUUACCGGGCGUGACGCGGAACACAUGCUGCCACGCUACGACCUGCUAGACGGGAAGUCGCCCAACCCGACCUCGUUUGUCAUACCGCACCUGCGUUUCUUUGCCGUGCUGGUGCAGGUGUGGACAGGCCUGCUGCAGCAACAGGAACAACUGCGGAGGAGGCAGGAUGCGUGCUUGGCGGGCGGCGCCUGCCCAAGCGCCGGCGAGCCCUUCUCCGCGCUCGUGUCGGAGGUUUUUGCGGCGUCGCAGUCGCGGGCGGACUACUGGAUUGACGAGUGUCUCAUGCCAUUUGUGUUGGUGGGGCAGGUGGAACGGGGGCUUUGGCCCCGCGACGAGUGCGACGUGACGCUGCGCACGCGGUACUACCUGAGCGACUCCGCCCCGGACAUAACCACCGACAUGUACCUGCUGCAUUUGCUCAUGCUGCUGACCCCCUCCGAGGCGCUUGCCACGCAGAUGCUGCAGCGGCAUGCCGUGACGCGGGCCGAUGAGCCCGCGUGGUCGUGGUACCCGCAGUUCCUGCGCCUCAUCCUCACCCUCUGCCUCACGGAGUGGGGCGCCGUCAUCCGCGACGAGGCCGACCUGCGACGCGCCCUGCAACGCGAGGUGGUGCAUUGCGUGGUGCUCUUCAGAAACGUCUCCUUCCACGCGGUGGAGGGCGCCGCGCGGCGCUUCAAGCGCAUGCUUCCCGGCCUGAACCCCGUCACUCUGCUUCCGUCCAUCCUGGGCGAGGUAGCCGUGCCCGAGCAGCGCGGUCAGAUGCAGUUUUUUGUCCUCAAGGACGCCGCGACGUGGCGCGCCAACGUCAGCCUCUACCACCCGCUUGUCAGGGACAACGCGCUGCCGGAGCUGCAGGAGUUGUAUGAGCGGCUGGUGCGACGGGAAAACAUGGCGCGGGCGAGGGAAGGGAAAGAGGGGCCAACCGCAAGCUCCGCCGCCGCAGCUCCGCGAGCGGUGUUUCCGCUGCCAAGCCUGCCGUGGCUGAAGGCGACGCGGCAAGCACAAUCAGGCGACGCGAACGCGGCUUCCGAGGCGGUGCUGCGUCGCCAGUUGUGUUUACUGCUGCAAACGCCCGCGGUGCUCUCGGUGGCGAUCGCGACGGUGCACAUGUACCUCGCCCCUGAGCAGAGGGAGAAGGGGAGGGCGCGGGGGGCGGCCCUGUCUGAGCGGCAGCUCCUCCACGCCAUGUCGCUCCUGCACAUCGCGAUGCAGGCGUGCCGCGUCAUCAGCUCCGGCGACGGCGGUGCCCCGUCGUCGUUGUGCGCCCAGGGCUCGACGCCGGCGGUUGACUGGGAUGCCGUGAAGAUGUUUCAGCAGCAGUUUAUGCCGCCGUCGGGCUACGCGCGGGAUGCGCUGCGGCAGCUCCUCCCCGUGAAGGGGAUCCUGGACGCCGCGACGCUGAAGGAAAAGCUCGAGAUGGAGGUGGCGCCCCAUGGCGCGCGCGGCCUCGCCUCUGAAGAGCCCCCGAAUGGCAGAACAACCAUCUCGGCGCUGCGGCAAAUCUAUGCCAAAUUCAAUGAGUCGGGGAGAGACGUGUACGGCAUUGCGGCGAUGGCGGCGCACAUCUUGCAGGGCGUGGGGGAGUUCUCCCCGCUCUUCUCUGCAGAAGAGGCGGCGGCCGAGCAGCAGGCGCGCGCCGAACAAGAUGAGCAGCGACGCCUUCGGCUGAAGGAAAGGCAGGCGAUGCUGCUGCGAAGGGUCAAGUCGAGCGACGCCAGAAGCUCCGCCAGCAUCGUCGCUGCCCUGGACCAGGGUGCCCCAAGUGGCGCGGCUGCCGCAACCGCUACGGGGGCAGCUGCUAGCAGUGGCGGUACCGUUGCGGAUUUCCUGCGCGAGGCGCGAGCGGUGGCAUCCUCCUCCUCCGCCGCCUCCUCCACCUCCGUCAUGGCCACUGUGCUCCUACGGCUUGCGCAGGCAGAGUGCUGCAUGUGCCGUAGCCUCUCCACUGAGCCGCUGAUGCUGCUCGCCAGCACCUUCACCGCGGACACUCUGUACCGUCUUCGCUUCGAUGCAUCCGAGCGAGACGCACCGAUGGCCCUUAAACUGAAUGGGCAAAUUCAUCUCUGCGGACAUGCAGCACACAAGUCGUGUGUGGCAAGAGUUCUGCGGCGUAUUCAACUUUUUACGGGAGGAAAUUCUACGGUCGUUUUCCCCUCCACGUUCGGUGUAAAGAGUUUUAACUGCCCCCUCUGCUUCAUGGUGUGCACGGCGCUGUGUCCGAUGCCCACGCUGGCAGCCAGUGCGGCGGGGCGGGCGUCCUCCGCGUCGCCGUCCUCGCUGUUUGAAGACGUGCGCGGCGAUACACUGAAGACGACGAAAGAAGCGUCGACGCUACAUCGCCUGCUCGCCCGCGCAGCCGUUGGUGAGCCCUUGUCCUCUUCGUCAGGCGGGAGUGCCCUGGCGAGCCCGAGUAGGCUGCAACAGCUUGACCCAGGUGCGUGGGCGCUUGCGGAGACGCUGCGCACCGCGCGGAAUCAGAUGUGCGUGGCGCUCGAGUGGGUGAAGGCGGGUGGGGAAGUGCAGUACAAUGAGUUGCUGACCUUGCUUUCACUCCUCGUCUCCAUUGACGCAAAACUUCUUGCCGCCAAUGCCGCGAAGCUGACAAGUGAGUUCCAGCGCAAGGGCGAUGCGCUGUGCCUGCUGCUGAUGCAGCUCCUAUAUUGCCCAACAACGGCCGCAGCGUCCCUUGCGCAGUACACCAAGCUGCUCCUUGUUUCAAGUGCGCAUGAUGUAUUUGUCUGCCCCCCCGCAGGAGAGGAGGGCGCGGAGGCAUAUAAUAAGCUUCUCAUCGCCGUGUGGAGGGAACUCGGCUGCCUCACACUGCUCAAGUUGUUUAUCUUGGACCUCUCUCCCGCGGAGGUGGUGCAGUGCGACGGUGACAAGGUGACUUUGACCACCUUGAAACCGGACGCUCUUGCCACCCUGGAGGGACGACGGCGGGCCGUGCUCACCAUGCUGCGCUACCUGCUGCAGCUUCCAUUCGCGACGGAGCAGGAGGGUGAGCUCUGCACCGCGUUGUCGGCGCUUGUGCAACAAGUGCUGGCUGAUGGCGUAAGUGAGCCGCAGACGGCAUGGCUUGGGGGAAUGCCCACACCGCAACUCGUGCAAUGCACACCGCUGCCGGUAACAUACGAUGGCCCGCCAUUGUGGCGGCAAUUUAUUACUUGCCGAGUGUUUCAUUUGACACCCACCUUCGUGGAUUUGAUUCUCAGCAUGAGCUCCACGCAGCCGUGCAGCGUGUGCGGCGAUAGCGAGGCCCAGCGUGUGUGGUGCUCGCUCUGUGGUCGCUCCCUCUGCCUGGGUCCGUCACUGACGCCGCCCGAGCUCUACGACCACGCACGCGACUGCGGCAACGGGGUGGGCAUUUACCUGCACCCGGAGUCGAACGUCUUCCUCGUGCUGCUGACGGUCGAGGAGCGCCUGCUGCACCACCGCGGCCUCUACGCGGACGAAUACGGACAGGCCGGCGUGAACGACUUUCACGGCCGCAACGUCCCCCUCGAUGACGCGGCGGUGAAGGCGUGGCUGUCGCUUUGGAUCCGCUCACGCUGGGGCGUGCAGUCCACCGUUGUGAAGAAGCUGUCGCUGGGGGAAUUGAAAAAAUUGUAG